AUGUUGUCGAUAUCUUGGCAACUUAGGCGUCUGUCUGCUCUGUUUGUCACUCCCAUUGGACUUCGUGUCAGGCCUAGAUGUUCGUCACGUUGUUUCCUGGCUUCAGCGGCUGUCCCGGAAGGCGCACACGACCACUCUGGGAGUCACAGGGCUGUUCGUCUCCGACCGUAUCAGGAAGAAUGCGUUCAAGCAUGUUUCGACGCUUUUUCAGCAGGGUAUUCUCGGAUCGGCGUGUCAUCCCCUACCGGAAGCGGCAAGACAACUAUAUUCCUCUCUUUGAUCACACGCAUGCAGCCACCAGCAGACCGUCUGCAUGCAACCCAAGCUCUUGUUAUUGUCAACAGCGUGGAGCAAGCACAGCAAACUGCGCGGGCUGCAGCGGCUAUGUUUCCAGAGUUGUGGGUAGAGGUUGAGCAGGGAAAACACCAAGCGACGGGAAGGGCCGACAUUACUAUCGCCACAUACCAAACGCUGCUUUCCCCGAACAGGCUUGAAAAAUUCACACCCGAGAAUAUCAAAGCCGUCAUCGUCGACGAGGCACAUCACGCAGCCGCACCUUCCUAUCGGCACAUCCUAACUUACUUCGACCCUGCCCUCGUCAUCAAUCCGAAAGUAGAGCAGGGGCAGUCUGCGGUCCCGGUUAUAGAAGACGAUGGGUCGCUUCAGCCGCCACCGGGCGAUCCGUUGUGCUCGAAAUUGCCCAUUAUUGGCUUUUCAGCAACCUUCAGCAGGCAUGAUGGGCUUGCGUUGGGCAAGGUAUUCCAGCGAGUCGUGUAUCAUCGAGAUUUCCUGAAUAUGGUCAAGGAACAAUGGUUGUGCAACGUCCGAUUUACGUUAGUAAAAGCCAAGUUAAACCUCGACCACGUGCAAGUGAACCGCACAACGGGCGACUUCAACCCAACCAGUCUUGCUCACGUCAUAAACACCGAAACCAUCAACAAGCUCGUCGUGAACACUUGGCUGGAUCGAGCUACUGGUCGCAAGUCCACUUUGAUCUUCUGCGUUGACCUACAGCAUGUCGCAGAUCUGACCAACGCAUUUCGCCACGCUGGUAUUGAUGCUCGCUUCAUCCAUGGCGGCAUGCGCCCCGUAGAACGCCAAGACGUCAUGAAGUUGUUUCGAGCGGGCGAAUUCCCCGUCCUGGUCAACUGUGCCGUUCUGAUCGAGGGCGUGGAUGUGCCCAACAUCGACUGCGUAAUGCUCUGCCGCCCGACUAGAUCGAGAAACUUGUUUUCGCAGAUGAUCGGGAGGGGGAUGCGAUUGUCCCCCAAUACUGGCAAGGAAGACUGCAGGGUGAUUGACUUCGUAGACAGUGUGAGGCGUGUGGAUGGAGUGGUAAACACUCCUACGCUAUUAGGCUUGGAUCCAGACGAGCUCGUAGAAGACGCGUCUCUAGAUGAGACAGAAUACGAGAUACCGACAGCUGAAGACCAGUCCGACUCGCCUGACGAGGCGCACACCCUUACCCCAACAUCUGUUAUCCACAUUGACUAUAGCGACCCAUUCGAACUUGCCGGGAGUGCCACAGGAUCUCCGAGCCUUCCCGUCCUGAGCCGUUUCGCUUGGGUCGCUUGCCGGAAAGAUGUCUAUGUCCUGGAGUGCCUGGGGAAAGGCACUGUGAAAAUUGAGCCGGACUAUGAUGAAGAGACCGGGGAAAUAAGCGUAUUCAAAGGCUACUUCACACCCACAGUGAAACGACAUGAUGAGGACGAGACUACAUACUACAAGAAGCGGCUAAUUGUGACUGGCGAGCGGCUAGAAGCGACCGUGAAGGCAGCUGACAUGUUUGUGGUAAAACAAGUUCUCCCGCCUUCGAUGCUGGCUCUCUCAUACCGGUCCGCAGCAUGGCGGAGACAACCUGCGACGCCCCAGCAACUAGAUUUCCUCAGAAAAAGGCUGGAAGACUCCCGGAAAAAGCUCACUAAACUUGCGGAAACUAGCGACAGUAUUGCUAGGAUCGUUUCACACGAAGAAAACUUGUCGACAUUGACGAAGGGACAGGCGGGAAGUAUAAUGACACGGCUGAGGCAUGGCAGCCAGAGCAACUGGGAACGGAAAGCAAUAUCGAAAGCGAAACUGGUCACGAAACGAAUCAAGCGCAAAGAGAAGGAGGCGCACCGAUUGGCUAAACAGGUCGUUCGCGUCGGGCCGCUGCUGUCGUGAGUUCAGGAUAUUCCACUCCGAUAACCUCCAAAAUCAGUUUAACCGAUGAUGACCCGCUGAACGUUCAGGCACAAACUUGCCUAACCCUGGGUAAUGUACUGCCCAGCCACUGAUACCGCGAAAUGCCGCCACGCCUGGGAAGUUCAGGCGAAAUUCACGAUGUUGAAAGGAAGAUAAGCCCCAAUCGGAACCUCGGGCAACCUCGGGCUUGUUCCGCAUCCCGUUGCAUUGUUGCAAUAUCAUCAAGCCUCCUCAUAGCUUCACGAAUAGUAUAAUUUGCAUUUAUACAAUCACC